AUCAUAGUCCUUACCUCCAUCAGCAUUAGUCUGAGCCACCACGAGAAGCAUGGAUUCGAAGAGGCCCAACAAGAUCACAGAGGUGGUGAGACUCCAACAGAUGCUGAAGAAAUGGAAGAAGCUGACAGUUUCUCCCACUGGCAGCAGCUGCAGUAGCAGACAGAAGAGCAUCAAGUUCCUGAAGAGGAACCUCUCCUUCUCCAGCAGCGGCAACAGCAACAUAACGAGAGGGUGCCUUGCUGUGUGUGUGGGAGAGGAGAUGCAGAGGUUUGUGAUCCCAACUGAAUAUUUGAGCCAUAGGGCGUUUGAGAUUCUGCUGAGGGAAGCAGAGGAUGAGUUUGGGUUUGAGCAGGAAGGUGUACUGAGAAUUCCAUGUAAGGUAUCUGUGUUUGAGAGCAUAGUGAGGGUUGUGGAGGAGAAUAAGGAAGAGUUUUGCUACUAAUGUGCGA